GAGCCACGCCGCCAUCUCCAAAACCACAUAUCAACCCACGCAUAGCACAACUGCGCUACCAACUUUAGCCUCGUCGCGCGAGUUGAUUGACAGCGACCAGUUUUCGAUGUGCUGAGUACAUUUACCCAUCCCGUCACUCAUUUCCUCAAUUACGCAGCCGUCAUGCGUUUCCUCCGUUCCUUCCUGACUCCCCUGCUCCUAGCUGCCGGUGCGGCUCAGGCUGCUUCGUCAUGGGGAUUCGAUGAUGCGACUGUCCAGGUGAACGCCAAGAAGGCCGCCGGCACCAAAGAGAAGUUCUCCGAGACAAACCCACUAUCUCAGCCUAUCGCGAUUAGCAAUACGGACAGCAUAAAGGUUCUAUUGGUUGCUAAGGACGGCGGCAAGGGCAAGCGACCGCACCAAGCUUUCGUAGUCUUGCGGGAUGAGCUCUCCGGCCUCGAAGCUCCAUUUCCCAUGACGGUCAAGGAGAACGGCAAGGCUGUAGUCGACAUUAAAUAUGCCGAUCUCCCCGUCCAACUCGCGACCUCGACCGCCCCCCUCAAGGCAUCCGUGGUGCUGGCCUCCUUCGGAUCAUCGCAGGGAAUCAACAAACCCGCCUUCUCCGUGGAAUUGAAGAUUGACCCCAAUGCGACACCUCUGAUCUACGAGAAGCCCCUUCGCUACGGCAAGCGCGAGGCCAUCAACCAUAUCUUCCGCGCCGAUCCUAAGAACCCACCCAAGGUCAUCUCAGCCUUCUUCAUGCUAGCUGUUUUGGCUACGGUACCUGCAUUAUUCAUUGGCUGGCUCACCCUAGGCGCCAACGUAUCCCAUCUCCAGAGCGCCCUCAGCACCGCGCCCAUCGCCCAUGGCGUCUUUUUCGGCUCGCUCGUCGCCCUCGAGGGCGUCUUCUACCUGUACUACGUCAGUUGGACGCUCUUCCAAGUUCUCCCUGUCAUCAGCGUCGUCGGCGCCGCCACCUUCCUGAGCGGCGCCAAGGCCCUUGGCGAAAUGCAGAGCCGAAGACUCGCCGGAGAGAGGUGAUUGUUCUCUCCAUAGGGGAGCCUAUGCGAUGAACCUGCUAGUAGUUCAGGGUCUAAGGAAAAGCAAUUGAUUGAAAACAAGGGAGCUGACGCUCCCCCCUGGUAGUCAAUCGCCCGUUGAUUUAGUAACCAGGAACAGAACAGAAAUGGUGCACUGAUUGAUUGCGCUGCUUGGCGCGGUAGUGUACUUACUACCUAUGAGCAUGACACAAAAGAUAUGAGAUACCGUAGACUACUAGAAAAUAUACUCAUUUCACUGUACAAGUGUGUAUAUAUAUGUAUAUAGUGAAGCAAAAAAAGCGUUGAUUCAAGUUAUUAA